AUGGCCGCGUCAGGCCAGGCGCGCCAGGAUGGUCCGGGCUUCGCAUCCUGGGAUCCUUUCACGGACCCGACGGAUGCUAAGGAGGGCCGGACGACCCACUACGAGCUGGUGGCCCCUGCUGUGAAGGAGUCUGCCGAAUGGGAUCCCUUCGAGGAUCCCGAGAUGCUGGAGCUUGCCGGGGACUUGGCGAUGGAGUCUGAGGACGUGGAGGCGUUGGAGGUGUGGCUUCGCCAGGCGAAGGCCUGA